CAGGGAGCGGGGCCGGGUUGUCGGGCUGUCCGUCCAUCCCUCCCACCACGGCUGCCAGCCCCGCCGGCACCAUGGGCUGCUGCUGCCGCCUCCUCCUCGCCCUCCUCCUCCUCCCGGCAGGGCUGGGUGAUGACUCUGCAGCACUGCCACUUGCCCCCACCAGCCCUCCCUUCUCCUCUGAGGGGAUCCUAGAGGUCCCAGUCUUCAAGGAUGCUGCUGUCUCCACACCAGUUCCUGGCCAGCCCUUGCUGCCCAUGCCCACAGAAUCUGCUGAAGAUGGGAUGUCCUCUGGGCCAGUGGAGGGGGAUAACCACAAUGCCACCACCACAGCUGCACUGUCCCCCACUCCUGCCCCUGUGAGCUCCAUCACCACAGCAGACAGCCCAUCUGUAGCCUCCAACCCCAACUUGGUGCCAUCAACCUCGGAGACAGCCCCAGAGCUUUGGACAGCAAAUACUGCCAGCCUGACAAGGGACACAACAGAGCUCGGGGCAGCUUCCAGCCUCCCAGGUGUACCUGCAUCACCCUCCUCCUCCCUGCCCACCACUGGCCUGUACUCAUCCCCUGGGACAUUCUUGUCCCCAACACCUGUGCUCGUGAAGCCCAGCACCACCCAGACACCAGCGCUGACCAAGGAUGUUCCUCCUGUGGAGACAAUGGCCAUGGCAUCAAGCCUGGCCACAGAGCCAAAGUCCCCCCCAGUGACUGUGAUGAGCCCCACUGCAGCUGAAGCCACAGCCAACAGCAAAACCACCCUGUCCACUGGAGUCAUCAUGGAAGAGGUCCCACGGGCCUUGAGCACAGGGAGUGUCGUGGCCAUAACCGUGACAGUCAUCGUGGUCGUGGUGCUGGUUUUUGGAGCAGCAGCAUACCUCAAGAUCAGGCACUCCUCCUACGGCAGGCUUCUGGAUGACCACGACUAUGGCUCCUGGGGCAACUACAACAACCCUCUUUAUGAUGACUCCUAGCAGGGACAAUGAGAAAAAAAAUAAUCAAAUCCUUAAUUUAUAAGUGCUUCUGCAGCAGAGCAUCCACUGGUGAGGAGAUGCCUGGGCACCAAGCCGCUGCUGAGGGCUGGGUUGUGGUGGGUGCAGCAGAUGACAGGCAACUGGAGGGUGGGUGGGAGUGUGGCACCCACAAUAAACUUGAAUUUUGGCCUUUGCGUAGGAAACUGGUUCCCAGGACAUGCUGGCUGCUUGCUUUGUG